AUGUGUGUUAUAUUUUAGAGUCAUCAGAAGACAAAGCUCUAUGCAUUAAAGCGCUUACGGUCUAAUCUUUGGAUACCCGUUAGUAGGUGUAACACCAUCGCAGUAGUACAGAGAAAUGAACCUCAGUGUGGGGAGGAGUCUGACCAAAAAGCAGAAGAGCCUGCAUCAGCCAGGAACAGCUUGCCAAAAGCAGUGUGUGUCCAUCCCGCCAUGUUUGCAAACAGGAGGGGAUCAACCAGCUGCAUGGGCGUGGAAAUACCUGACAAACCCCCAACUUUUGGAUCUUCGUGUCUGGUUGCUUUCUUACAGCCUUUGACCCCCAUCAUGGCCUCUAAUCUAAAAGUCAUCUUCCUGUUUCUUUGGUUGCUCCAGUGUGGAGGGGAAAAUGUCGAUGUACAGCAGAAACCUCCAAUCCAGGUUGCAUUGCUGAAGGAAGGAAUAUCCAUCCCCUGUAAAGUCAUCUUCCCUUACAUGCCAAAAUACACCAAAUUUUCAAUCUUCUAUUACUGGAUUAAUUCACUGGGCCAGAAAACAUCCAUCUAUAGUACGUCAGAAAACGUAGCCAUCCCUUCUGGAAAAGAGAAUAAGACUGCUACCAUAUCGUACAACCACAGAAUAAUGCCACUUGAAAACACCUCUUCUACUGGCACAUACUACUGCGAGGUCAAAUGGAAUGACAUCCAGAAAAUGGGAAAUGGAGUGUUUGUCCUUGCUAGAGGUACGGGGUACAUAGAGACCUCUUAUGAAUGGGAAGUCCUCACUACCCUUACUGCUAUUGUUGCUGCAUUGAGCAUCACCGCAACAGCUCUGCUUCUGUCGAAAAGAAAGGUGUUGUGCCCUAGAAGGAACAAGCUAAAUAUCCUGAGACAGAAGGUGGAAACACAGCCCCAUUCAGCCAGCCCACCACCACCACCUCCUGUCUAUGAUUGCCUGGAUUUGCAGCAAGUUGAUGUCUAUUCUAUCCUCGAGAACAACACAAACAACCUGUCACCCAGAAAGAGUCCUCCAGGCAAGACACCUAAGAAGCAAGCAACUCCAGAAGAAUCCUCUGAUACAUUGUAUGAGAAUAUCUAA